CGUCACGAUAAGUUUCAUCAAAGUUUUCCAGCAUUAUAUUUUGUAUCCUGAGUGUUAUUCUUUCUAAUAGUACUCACAGAAAAAUAAAAGCUUGUUGAAUAUAUUUUCUUAGAAAUUUUUUCAUAUCUCAAAAUGCCAAAUAAGCUUACAACGGAACUAAAAUCGGACCCUGAAUCGCAGCCAUGGAAUUUCUUAUAAACCUGCGACACCAGCAACAUGGAGCAGAAGUGGAAAGAUCUUUCCGUUUCUUUGAGUAAACCUAUCACUAAAGCAAUAAAGGAACUAAAAUUCAAACGCCCAACACCUGUUCAGGCAGCAUGUAUUCCACUAUUUAUGACCAAUAAAGAUGUGGCUGCUGAGGCAAUUACAGGGAGUGGUAAGACAUUGGCAUUCCUUAUUCCCAUCUUGGAGAUCUUGCUCAAGAGAGAAGAACCCUUAAAGAAGAAAGAUGUUGGAGCUAUCAUCAUUACACCUACUCGAGAACUUGCUCUACAAAUAGAUGGCGUGUUGUCCACAUUUACCAAACACACACCACAGUUUACACAAAUCCUCUGCAUUGGUGGAAAUAACAUUGAAGCUGACUUGGAGAAAAUCAAAGAGAAUGGGGCGCAUAUUAUCAUAGCAACGCCAGGCAGAUUGGAGGACAUGUUUCGUAGAUCUACAGAUGGACUCACCCUGGCUGUAGGGGUGAAAGCUUUGGAAGUAUUGGUUUUAGAUGAGGCUGAUAGGCUGCUUGAUAUGGGAUUUGCAUUGAGUAUAAACAAUAUCCUAAGCUACCUGCCCAAACAGAGGCGUACUGGUCUAUUCUCUGCAACACAAACAGAUGAGGUCGAAGCUUUGAUUAGAGCUGGUCUAAGGAACCCUGUUAGAGUGGCAGUCAAAGAGAAUCAAAUAGAUGAUGAACAGACACAACGGACCCCUUCAACACUGCAAAACUUCUAUAUGAUAUGUGAAGCAGAUGAGAAGUUCAACUAUCUAAUGGAUUUUCUACGAUGCCACCAGAAUGAUAAAUGUAUGAUAUUCUAUAGUACUUGUGCUAGCGUGGACUAUUUCUCAAAGGCUAUAAAAAGUUUACUGAAAAACACAGAGGUGUUGUGUAUACAUGGGAAAAUGAAAGAAAAAAGGAACAAAAUAUUUGCAGCAUUUAGAAGUUUACAAAGUGGUAUUCUUAUCUGCACUGAUGUCAUGGCCAGAGGAGUUGAUAUCCCAGAAGUCAACUGGGUUCUACAGUACGACCCUCCAAGCUCAGCGAAUGCAUUUGUACAUAGAUGUGGCCGAACUGCAAGACUCGGGAGAUCGGGAAAUGCUCUUCUGUUCCUACUGCCUAGUGAGGACAGCUAUGUUGAGUUCAUCGCACUAAAUCAGAAGGUCCCUAUGAAGAGACUUUCACCCCCAGCCCCACAACAGGAAUAUAUACACAAGUUGAAGCACAUGGCAUUGAAGGACAGAGCCAUCUAUGAGUCAGGUAUCAAAGCAUUUGUCUCUUCUGUUCAGUCCUAUGCCAAACAUGAAUGCAGUCUCAUAUUUAGGUUAAAAGAUAUUGAUAUAGCCAAGUUAGCAAGGGGCUAUGCGUUGUUAAAACUACCAAAAAUGCCUGAACUUAAGGGCAAAAAGUUGGAGCACUUUGAAGAAACUGAGAAAGAUGUCUCUACCAUACCAUAUAGAGACAAGAUGAGAGAGAAACAGAGACAGAGCAAACUCAAGAUAUUCCAAGAAACAGGAGAGAUGCCUGGCAAAAAGAAGUUUAAAACCAUUAAGCCAGAAAAUAAACCAUGGGCCAAAGAAAAAGAGCGAAAAGAUAAGAAACAGAGGAGGAAAGAAAAACGGGACUUGAAAAAAAGAAAAAUGGAAUUCAAUGAAACAGAACUUGACGAUUUGGCUAAAGAUGCACAACUUGUAAAGAAAUUCAAAAGAGGGAAAAUGUCAGAAGAGGACUUUGAAACAGAAUUUAUUGAAGACGUAUGAGUAAAAUAGAGAAAUUAGAUCUUUUAAAAUAUAAAAAUAACACAAUUUAAGACCUACUUGUCUUGUUUGUUUAAACCAUAUUCAAAGAUCCCUUUUGAUUAACAAACAACAAUAUCCUAUCUUGUGUUUAGGCUUAAACACAUCAUGGUGUUAAAAUUUGUAU